UUGGUCAUUCUGUCAUUCUGUCGUUUUCUUCAAGUCUUAACAAAAUUUGGAGAAGCAACCGAUUUAGUCAGUUGGCACCCUGCGACCGCAAGCUCAUCUUAUCGUCUCAUUCUUCAACCUCGAUCGACGGAAUACUGGGCAGUUGCCACAACGAUGUCGUAUUUGGCGUUCUCGUUCUUAGUCUUGGUGGCCAUUUCCGGCUUCCAUCCCCUGGUCAUUGCUGUCAAACCAGUUCCCAGUAUCAAACUUAACUCCCGUAUUCUUCAGGAGUCAAUAGUUAAACAGAUAAACGAGGACCCUAAGGCUGGAUGGGAAGCUGCCAUGAAUCCUCAAUUCUCCAAUUAUACUGUUGGGCAAUUUAAGCACCUUCUUGGAGUCAAACCAACUCCUCAAAAGGAUUUGUGGAAUACCCCUCUUAUAACUCAUCCAGAAUCCUUUAAAUUGCCAAGUAGUUUUGAUGCGAGAAUUGCUUGGCCACAAUGUAAUACAAUUGGAAGAAUUCUAGAUCAGGGUCACUGUGGUUCUUGUUGGGCGUUUGGUGCUGUUGAAUCACUAACUGAUCGUUUUUGCAUCCAUUUUGGCAUGAAUAUAUCUCUAUCUGUCAAUGAUCUAUUAGCAUGCUGUGGGUUUAUGUGUGGAAGUGGUUGUGAUGGGGGGUAUCCAAUUAAUGCUUGGCGAUACUUUGUCCACCACGGUGUUGUCACUGAAGAGUGUGACCCAUACUUUGACAAUAUUGGCUGUUCCCACCCUGGCUGUGAGCCUGCAUAUCCUACUCCCAGCUGCGUUAGGAAGUGUGUAGAUAAGAACCAGCUAUGGAGGGAUUCAAAGCACUAUAGUGUUGGUGCAUAUAGAAUUAGCUCUGAUCCCUACAGUAUUAUGACAGAAGUUUAUAAGAAUGGACCAGUUGAGGUCUCCUUCACCGUUUAUGAGGAUUUUGCUCAUUACAAAUCUGGAGUUUACAAACACGUUGCAGGUGAUGUGAUGGGAGGUCAUGCCGUUAAACUAAUAGGAUGGGGGACAACUGCUUCCGGAGAGGACUAUUGGCUUCUUGCGAAUCAGUGGAAUAGAAGCUGGGGUGAUGAUGGUUAUUUCAUGAUCAGAAGAGGGACAAACGAGUGUGGUAUUGAAGAGGACGUGGUUGCUGGUUUGCCUUCUUCCAAAAAUCUUUUAAGAGAAGUUGCGACUGUGGAUGGUGUUGCAGAUGUUUCAGUUUGACAAUAGGUUACUCUGGAUGGGGAUCCCUGUUAUUAGGCUGCCCGGACGGAUGGAUUCCAUGUCUUAGGAUGUGGUUGCUGGUUUGUCUGAGCAAGUAGGCCCCACAUCUUAGCAUGUUUGGAGCAGGUGGGUUCCACAAACCCUUCUCUUAAGCUGCCAAAUUUCUGUGAAAUUCAGGCUCAACAACAGGGGAUCCCAAUCCUGUUAUUCCCCCAUAAGAACUUUAAUUUAUGACUGUUGGGAAAUGAAAGUGUUAAAACAUGGAUUAAUUAUGUCAUCAAAGGAUCAAACUGAUACCAAUUAGAUGCUGGUUGGGUGUGAAGUCUAUAAUUGAUUUGUGCAAAUAAUUUUAUUGAGACCGGGUCAUUGAGUCAUCGAUA